UCAGUGGGUCAUUGGUUGUCGCUGGCUGUGUUUGAUUCGCCCGCUCGUUCGCGUGUCUGUUUGCUUUUGGCGCGAGCGUUUUUAUUUUGGCAACAAACAACAACAAUAAUUUCAACUACAAACACGGGGUAGCGUGACAGUGUCGCAAGCAUCGAAAGAAGCAGUGGCUGGCGAUUGAAUAACAAACAAAGAACCAAAUAAACGAAACACAACGGAAUGCCUAAAAAGACUUAAAGUUAUUAUUUGUUAGCAUUCAAUUGUAAGCUAUAAAAGUAAAUCCACAAAUAUUUAGUUAAAGUUCAAUUUGUUCAAUGCACGCGUACAGAAAGUGUUAAUCAGUAUUUUUAUUGGCAACAAGUGCGACGAUAACAGCAGUCAAAGCAAGAAAUAAAUAACUAAGUUGGCGCUAUCAAAAGUUGAAGCAAAAUCACAAAUAUUUUAAAUGUGCGUGGCAGCAUAUAAAAGACUUACAACAGCGACGGUCAGCAGAUACUGAAGCUGGUACUUUAUUAAUACCCCUACGGUGUGAGGCUAACAGGGAACAGUUGAGUAAUAAUCAGGAGCAAUUGCUACCAAUAACUGAACUGAGGGACGCGCUAUAUCAAAGAGAUCUACAAAGACAUUGCUACACCGACGCAGAUGUGGCAAGGAGCGAGAAGCAGAACUUAACAGAAGAGCGAGUAGCUGCAGCAGACAACAUGCCCAACGAAAAAGAGAGUCCAGAAAGUAAGCCCCUGAAUGGCAACAACAACAAUAACAAUUGCAAAAUCGUAGCCCAAAGUAAACCCAAAUUUCAGCCAAAGUACAGUAUACAUCGGGAUGUGCUCACACAUGAGGUGGUCAUAAAGGAUACAGGCUAUGGGGCGCGCGACAAGAGCAUACCCUCCUCAUUGCGUCGCUGCUGGCAGGGAUGGAGUUUCUUCUCGCUCUUCACGGGCAUUAUACCCAUCCUGCAAUGGUUACCACAAUACUCGCUGCGUCGUGACUUGGUCGGUGAUAUUAUAGCGGGUUUUACGGUGGCCAUUAUGAAUAUACCUCAUGGCAUGGCCUAUGGCUUGCUUGCUGGCGUUUCGGCUGGCAAUGGCCUUUAUAUGGCUGUGUUUCCAGUGCUAGUUUAUAUGUUCCUUGGCACCUCCAAACAUAUAUCCAUUGGGACAUUUGCCGUAGCCAGCAUGAUGACGCGCAAAGUGGUCUACACCUAUGCAAAUGUGGAGGAUCAUCCUGUAGAUACAACACUCACUACGCUGGCACCAGCGUCAGCAGAUUUGCUGGGAGCAACAACAGCAACGACAAUGUUGCUGCUGCAGAAUGCAACAACAACAACGGCAUUGCCCCUGCUGCCUGACAAUCCCAUAACGCAUGUGGAAGUGGUCACAGCCCUAGCGCUAACAGUGGGCAUUGUUAAUCUACUUAUGUCCUUUUUCCGACUGGGCACGUUAGCCUCGCUGCUGAGUGAACCACUGGUGAAUGGUUUCACCACCGCCGCCGCCUGUCAUGUGGUUAGCGCUCAGCUAAAGGAUGUGCUGGGCAUUGAAGUUAGUCGCCAUAAGGGCGCCUUCAAGAUCAUUUACACACUGAUCGAUGUGGUGAAGAAUGUGCCACAGACAAAUCUGGUCAGCUUUGGCAUUUGCAUGGGUGUCAUCACAUUCAUGAUCAUUUGCAAUGAAUGUCUGAAGCCUUGUCUAAGCAAACGGUGCCGCUUUCCGUUUCCGGGCGAGCUAUUCGCUGUCAUUGGUGGCACUUUAAUCUCCAAGUACUGUCAGCUAAAGCCAAACUUUGAUGUAAAUUUGGUGGGCACGAUACCAAAUGGCUUGCCUGCGCUUGCGUUGCCGCGCUUGGAUCUGGUGCCUAUGGUGGCCAUGGACUCAAUAGCCAUAGCAAUAGUUACUUACUCGAUUAUUAUGUCCAUGGGUCUAACAUUUGCCAAGAAACAUGGCUAUGAGGUGCGCGCCAAUCAGGAGCUAUUUGCAAUGGGCGUGGGCAAUAUUGUGGGUGGUUGCUUCUCCUGCUUGCCCAUGGCCUGUUCGCUCUCACGUUCUGUCAUACAGGAGCAGACUGGUGGUGUUUCCCAAAUUGCUUCCUUGGUCUCGGCUUCGCUGGUGGUGGCAACACUCGUGUGGAUUGGACCCUUCUUCAACUCACUGCCCAGAUGCGUUUUGGCCGGCGUUAUCAUAGUCGCACUGAAGCCAAUGUUUAUGCAGGUUAAGCAACUGAAGAAAUUCUCCAAGCAGGGCAAGCUGGAAAUGUUCACCUGGAUAUCCACAUUUUUGUGCGUGGUGCUCAUCGACAUUGAUAUUGGUCUGCUGAUUGGUGUCUGCAUAUCGCUGCUGGCUUUAUAUAUUAAAGGUCUCAAGCCCUACUCCUGUCUGCUGGGCUAUAUGCCUGAGGCGCCUGGCAUCUAUAUGGAUAUGAAUCAGCAUCGGAAUGUCAUGCAGCUGCCAGAGACACAUAUUUUUCGUUAUUGCGGCUCGCUCAACUUUGCCACCAGUAUGUUCUUCCGUCGCGCGCUCUACGAUGCAAUUGGCCUCGAUGGGAGCAACAAGAAAAGGAUCAGCGUGGCCAAAGACAAGGAUACUUAUAUGCCUGUGUCUCAGAAUGGCAAGAACGUUAACGGGCAGCUGGUGGAGUCAACGAAUGGGUUCCGAUUUCUCAUACUUGAUUUUUCCAUGCUGGGUCACAUUGAUGUUGCCGGUUGCAGCACUUUGACCGACAUUAGCAAGGAGCUUAAGGCACGUGGUGGACGCCUACUUCUGGCUAGUCCUGUAGAUCGCGUAUACGAUACGUUGGUGCAUAGCAUGGCGCUGAGCGAGGGCCCUUUUGAGAUCUUUCCUACGCUGCACGAUACCGUAGAAUAUGCAAAUGCCUGCCGCACUGCGUGAGUUACUCCCAAUGCGAUUUGUGAUGUCACAGUGAUAGCUACAUAUACUACAUAAAUGUGAAUUGUAGCAGCAACUUUAGACCGUUAUGAGCUAAGUUUCCUUUUAAAGGUUGUUGCCGUCUUAACAAUCGUAGAGAUUUAGGCUAAGUAUUGCUUAAGUAUCCUACCAAAAUGUCAGAAACAAUAACUAUUUUGUACUUAAAGUAACAAAUUGCCAACGCCCCAACAUUAUUGGGGCAUUGGGUAUCUACAACUGUGCACCGCCGAGCAACUGUAAUUGUAAAUAUAUAUAUACCAUAAUACAUAAAUAUAUGUAGAAUGUACACAGAUAUUUUGUGCAACUUGAACUGAAAUGAUGACAACCAAAAUAGACGAAGACGGAGAUGAGAAAGAAAUAUAUUCAACUAGACGGCUUUGCCCCCGAAUGGAGAUAAGAAAGUAUUAUUUUUAACUAGAGGGCUUUGCCCAUACUCCGCCCGCCUCGCGAGCUCCGUCAACGACCAGUUUUUACAUAUUAAAAAGUCGGUUCGCUGUUAAAGUCUUCUCUAAAAUAAAAUCUGUUUCCGUCUUA